CUCAACUUAUAUAACAAAAUUUAUUGUGUAUUACAACUAUUUAUAUCGUCAGCGUUCAUACACACAUCGUUAUAAAUAUACAUUCUAAAUAUACGUCAGCUAGCGAGGCUGCGUCUACAUCAGUUGUUUGGCCAAAACAGUCGAGUGUAAAUUUUGAUGUAACACGAAAGUUUUCGUUUAUCUAUAUUUCCUAACGCGUUUUGUGUUUUGUAUGCGGUGCGGGAAAUAUGUAACAAUUUCGGAAGGUGCGAUCGACGACAGCCUUGUCUCACCAAACUUGGACACUGCGUGGUAGUCAUUACUCAAACAAUAAUUAUUUAACAUUUUAGUUUAGUUUGUUGAUAAAGUGUCGGGUGGUGCCAUGUCUCAAGGGACUCAGCUGAAACGCAGCCAAAAAACGGACUUCAACAACGCAGCUGCGGUCAUCAUGAGAGAGCGCAGCUUCGUACGGCCGAACCGCGACCCCCAAAAACGCCGAUCGCAGACCAUGGCCGCCAUAAAAGGCAAACCCACCAUGGAAAUCUACCGACCUCCAAACGUGCGCACGGACUUGCCCAACAUGCAAGGAAGACUCAACGUGCACGCGAAGGAAUUCACUAUGAAUCACGAGCUACAGAAUUCCAAGUCCAGCGGAAACGUAAAUUUAGCGAUGUACGAGCACAUGCAACCUCUGCAGCACUCGAAGUCGAGCGGAAACAUCCUGCGGCACCAUCCAGGACUGAUACCCAUCCUGCCGAUCCAGCUGAUGCAUUCCGCCUCGUCCAGCCAAAUUUUGGGCCACUUACCGCGACCGGGCUUCCAAUACCCGCCGGAACUACUGGGCCAUCCGGUUUUCACCGGACACAACCAACCCAUCCACCACAACAACUGGAACAAUCACCACCAAACCACAAACUCCGCGCAAGCUUUGAAACGCUCGAAGAGUUUAAGUGCUGCCGACUCGCAAAACCUAACGAACAAGCUCAAAACAAUCGCGAAAGAGGACAUGGAUUACUCCAUCUUCGCCAAGGGCGACCAAGAGAACAUCAAGCAAGCCGUGGAAGACCCCAACCAACUACAAUCCCGCAUCCUAAUGGACAUGGUGAAAACGACCAUGGAGAAAGUCGUGGAAGGCAUCCGUUUCUGCGAACCGGUCGCCAAAAUGUGCAUCUGCAUCAUAGAGAGCGAGAAGAAUCAAACCUUCCUCGAAUCCUUGUUGAACAUGUGUCAACAAUGGUACCAGGAACGCGACAAAAUACUGCGCGGCGUCAAAGCAGGCGAGGGUACGCGCUUCACGGCUUUCAUGUGGUUUCUCACGGAGAUGUGCAGCCAACUGAAACGUCACCAACUCAAAGCCAACUUUGAAUCUCUACAACCGGAAUUGGUUCUGCUGUCGGUGCUAGCAAAGUGCUGCCAAGCCUGCGUGAGCCUGCCAAUCAAAUGCCUGCCGGAAACGGAAUGUUUAUUUUUCGUUCUCACCUCGAUCGGUCGCGAUCUGGAAACUGAACUUCCGCAACAGCUGGAGCAGCUUCUGGCAAGCGUUAGAGAUGGGUUUUUGGCGAGUGCAGGCGCGCCAGCUGUGAGACGCACUUUGCUGCAGCUUAUCGAGCUGCACGCCUCCAAUUGGCAGCUGCCAGGGUCUUCAGUGUUGUACUACUAUCCCAGAAUCAAGUAGUUUGGCUGAUGGGCUUUUCAGUUUAACAGGGUUGAUUAAACAAUGUUUUUUAUACGAAUUCUGUGUUUUUGAAGUUUUAUUCUCAAGAUUUAGGUUUAUAAUUUUUUAAGAUAUUAUAGAAAUAAGGCGACUGAAAAACUAGAAAAUAAAAAUAAAUUAUGUACUUUACUCUAUUUUUAGUAUCUACAAAAUGUUGAUAAGA